GGCUCCGGAUGGCGGGGGCCCGGCCUCGGAGGUAAAACAAAAGCGGCUGAAAGAGCUCCCCCCGCGGCCCCGGCCCGGCCCGGCUCGGCCUAAACCCUCUCCUCAGAGACAGGCUUGUCCGUGCGGGUUCAGUCCUGGGGCUCGAAGAGUGAAGCUUGGCGGAGUUGCAGACCGUGCGCGCUCCUUUUUUAAAACCCAGAGUGCCUCUUCUUUAUGAUUUAUUUCUCUCGUCAGUGAGGUGAGGGGGGGGGGGUAUUUUUUUCGCUGUUUUUCUGAGUAGGGCGGGCGGCUGCCAUGGAAAGAGCUGCCGAGCAGGCCUGGAACAGCUACACCUACCAGGUGAGCCAGCACAGUGCCGACAUGUUGAAGAAACUCAACGGCCAGAGGAAGAACGGCGGCCGCUUCUGCGAUGUGGUGCUGCGGGUGGGCGACGAGAGCUUCCCGGCUCACAAGGCCGUGUUGGCCGCCUGCAGCGAUUACUUCGAGUCGGUGUUCGGCUCGGCCAUGGACGAGGCGGCAGGCCGCGAGUUGGAGAUGCACACCAUCAGCGCCAAGGUCUUCAGGGACAUCCUGGACUUCGCCUACACGUCCCGCAUCGUGGUCAGGCUGGAGAGCUUCCCCGAGCUCAUGACGGCCGCCAAGUUCCUGCUCAUGAGGUCCGUCAUCGAGAUCUGCCAGGAGGUCAUCAAGCAGUCCAAUGUCCAGAUCAUGGUGCCCCCUGCCAGGGGGGACAUGAUGCUUUUCCGCCCGGCCAAUGUGGACUUCGGCUUCACCCUGGACCUGGCCACUGCUGCCGCUGCCACCUGUGCCAAUGGCAACUUUGUGGCUGAGAAUGGACAUCUGCCCAGUGCCAGUGAGAUCAAGGUGGGCAGCCCUGGUGCCCCUGCGGCCACCCUCCCGUCCCUGCAGGGCUCUCUGCCCGCCAUGGACGGCUUGGUGACCUCGCCCACCGUGCCGACCCUUGUGGCUGGUCAGUUCCAGGCCCCGGUGAACUCGGUGGGUGCCGACCAUGCCAAGGUCGUCAAGCGGGGACGUGGGCGACCCCGGAAGUCAUCUUUGCUGGACCUGCCGCUGCUGACAGCCCCACUGGCCAUGAGGGAUGAGGGUUUUUACCCCUGCAGCUUCUGUGGGAAAGUGUUCAAGAACGCCAAUCGCCUGCUACUCCACGAGGCCCAGCACACAGGGCUGAACAUGGAGCUGGGAUCAGGGGAAAAUCAAAUUCCAGGACUUGGGGACGGUCUGCUGGCAUCUUCAAGCGGCCUUGACCUUCCUCGUAAAAGAGGUAGAAUGCGAAAAAAUGUGGCCUGUGAGCUCUGCGGCAAAGCUUUCAGGGACGUUUACCAUUUGAACCGCCAUAAACUGUCACAUUCAGGGGAAAAACCGUUUGAGUGUCCCAUCUGUCACCAGCGAUUUAAGCGGAAGGACCGGAUGACUUACCAUAUUCGGUCUCAUGAUGGAGCGGUGGGCAAACCUUACAUUUGCAUCAGCUGCGGAAAGGGCUUUUCCAGACCGGAUCACUUGAAUGGCCACAUCAAACAGGUUCACACUGCAGAGAGGCCUUUUAAAUGUCAGACCUGCGAAGCUUCUUUUGCGACCAAAGACCGCCUGCGUUCUCACUUGACGUGUCAUGAGGAGAAGGUCCCCUGUCAGGUGUGUGGGAAAUACCUACGUGCUGCUUAUAUGACUGAUCAUGUCAAAAAGCACAACGAAGGACCAAAUAACAUCUGCAACAUCUGUAACAAAGGUUUUUCUACUGCUUCCUACUUAAGGGUCCAUAUUAAAACCCACCAUGGUGUCCCUCUGCCCAACUCGCACACUUCUGAUCCUUGUGACAGGCGAUGCAAGCCCCAGCCUCAGAUCAUGAUUCACAAGCAAACACAGAGCGGGGAGAUGGCUUUUCACUUUGACAGAACACGUUCGUUACAAGAUGGUGAGAUGGAUGGGUUGAAGUGUCAGCAUCAGGACUCACAGGACAACUCUGACUCCUUUGGAGAUCUCUCAGAUAUCAGUGACCUUAAAUCUCCUCUGAAACAUGACCAGGAUGAGUCCUUUCAGUGUGACAUCAACAAUGGGAAAGUUAAAAUCGAGGCCAACGCCGAGCAGUACACUGAACCGAAGAAAUACACCUGCCCAGACUGUGGCUCAGUGUUCAAAUCCAAGUCCUACCUGAACAAACAUAUGCUAAAAGUUCACGUCAAGCCCACUGGUGGUGUGCUGGCUGACUUGCCUACUGGCCUGAGCUCGCCUUUUUCACCCCAACAAAACAUGUCCCUCUUGGAGUCAUUCGGGUUUCAGAUUGUGCAGAACGCAUUUGGCUCUACUUUGGCUGAUCCUGAUCCUGAUCCUGGUCCAGAACCUGAACAGAACACUGAGGACCCUGCAGAACAGAAGUGAGACCUUGUCCAGCAACAGCUCCUCAAAGUACAAAAUAUGGUUGGCGUUCAGCGAAUGGCAGUGCUUAAAUUGUCCACAAUUCUUUUUAAAAAGACAUCCAAAACAAAACAAUGGGUGGUGUGAAAGGGUCCAUUGGGUGAUGUGGUCUGUAUCAUCCUGGCCAUCAGACUUGGUGUUCUCCAGAACAUUUUCUUGGGUCAAAGAUGGUUCCUUGCCCUUUCAUAGUAGGUGUCAAUUAUCCCACAAGUUGGAUGCAGCAGGUGUAUUUGUACCACAUACAGUAUAUGAACAGGGGGUUGUCUCCAGCAGCUGAUUAUUUCCAAAGAACUGCUUUUAAUCAAAUGGUUGCGCCAUGUCCUUUUGGCAGACAUGCUCCCAUGCCAGCUAACAAGCAUCUGCCCAAUGAAUUAUUGAAUGGUGGAGCAGGCUCGAGGUGCUGAAUGGCAUAUUCCUGCUCCUAGUUCUUAUGUUCUUAAAUGCUAAAAGUAUACACUAAGUAGUCUUUUUAAAUUUGAAAAGUGUGCUAAGGAAUGAAUUAGAUAUAAGUGUUAAGAUCAGUUUAGUACCAAAUAUUGAGUUUUUAAAAGAAAUUGUAACUCCGAAGCCCACAAAGAACAGCCCUCGCACAGGCCUUUGAUAGUUGUUAGUUGCCCUCUUUACAAUGGCUUAGAUACACAACUCACAGUAUUGUUGAGUGCUAUUGUGGAUAGAAAGUGGAUGUAUGAGUCACCCAUGGGCUAGCCUGGUUGUAAAGGGACAUCCCAUUACAGUAAUGUCUUAAAAAGGGUAAUCCCAAGCUCCAAACUGCUGAUUACAAUGCGUGUAACAAUGGCACGUAUUUGUGCUGAAUAUCACUGUUUGGUAUUUAUAACAAGAUUGUAAAAAAAAAAUAGAUGUUGAUAUGAUUUCAGUAGGGGAAAUAUUUGUAAACAUAUCUACAAGCACAUUAACACACAAUGAUGAGACAAAAUUCUAGUGACUUCUAUUAACCUACAGAGCAUGCUGUCAAGUUCCAAAGUGAAUGCUACUUGCAGUCAUUAACUGCUGGUGGAGAGAGAAACCGCUGCCUUUUACCAGGAUGGCACCAUCAUUUGAGGCCCAGAUUUUUGGAAACUUGAGUCCUUUUUAAUCUUAUAUGCUUUUAUUCACUGAAGUGCAAGAUGAUUUACUAGCAUACUAAAGCUCUUCCAUCUGAUCCAAUUUUUAAUGAAAUCCGAGUUUAAAUUGCUAAAGGUGUAUCACUUUCCUGUGCAUUUUGACAAUUAUUGUGAUCUCUUUUGGUGUCAGCAGGCUGUUAGGCACCUCUUCAGAGCAGUGAAUGACUGCGCACUCCACCAGAUGAAAACAUUCUCUUGGAAACUUUAUAUCAAGUAGUCGAACUGCUUUAAAAAAAUGGAAUCUGUGAUAGGAACUAGAGAUUAGCGAAGUGUUUUGUGUACAGAUUAUGUGAUGCUUGAGGUUUGUUUUUAAGGACUUCAAGAUAAAUAGAAUGAAAAUGCACAGGACAGGAAAAAGGCUUUUUUUUGUGUGGGUCAAGUCUUCGGAGUCCAAAGAGACAAGUACACCAGAUCUUCAGUUAGCUGAUGCCCAGUUAAAUGGGGCCCUUCGUUUUUAGUGAAGUUUAUUUAUCAACUAGCGAUUGAGUUGAAGUUGGCUAUGUGAUUUUAUUAACAUGAUAGUGUCUUUGUCUGGAACUAAUGCCUUUGUUAAAAUAGAAGAAAAAGCUUCAUACAGUUGCUGCCUUCGUUCCAAAUACCAUACAAUGUGAUUUUAACCUGCAUUUUGUAUUUUAAAAACGUGAGUAAGCUUUGAAACUGCAGUUUGAGCAUAACAGAGGCUAAAAGAAAGGAAUAACCAUUAGUUAAUAAUAGCACAAAUUAGAUGUUUGGUAGAAUGAUAAAUGUCAGUUAAGAUGGCAGAUCUCAUCUGACCCUAAAAUUAAACUGGAAACUGCAUUUUCUGUGUAUGGAGCAGUUCUUAAUAUCCAGGUUACUGACUCCAAUCAGAGGAUGGUCAGCCAUUUUGAAUCAUGGAGCUGCGUGUUAGUUGCAGCUGGUUUGGGUGCUGCUGUACAUUCCUGGCAGGAUAGGAGGGGGCCAUGCAGCAGUCAAGUAAUUCACAUCUGUGGGGAGAGAGAGGAUGUGGAUAGAUGUGGCCUUAUUUUCUGCUGUUUAUGCUGAUGUGGAAGUCCUGUUGCUUGAAAGACCGUGGCACCUGAAAUGAAAAGGAAUUGUAGCACACCAACCUGGGAGGUUGGAGGAAAGGGCAAAAACACGUGUUUAUAUUUGAAACAAAACAUUUGUGUUUACAAAAUCCUUUCGGUCACCAGAACCAGUGUUGAAAACUGGACAUGUGGUUGAGUCAGUAAUGUGCUUGAGGUGUCUCUUGAUGCAGGAGCCUUCAUGUAUUUUUGAAGGAUCCAGACCCGUGUAAUUCUGAUCCAAUCAAACAGCAGGGACAACUAAAUCUAGUUCUUGUACUUUUCAUUAGAGUUUCUGUAACUUAAUUGGAUGGGAUGAAAGUUUUGUCAUUGGCAGUCUCCCAUUUAAAUUACUAUUAUGGAUACUUUAGGGAUAUGUAGUAAUUUAUGUUUGUUUUUGUUAAAUAUAUAUAUCUAUAUAUUUAUAUAUUUGGUGAGGUUUUGUACUAGGGGAUAGAACACUUUUCUACUUGGUGACGCAUUAGUUUGGUGCACUUCCUCAGGUCAGGUCUGGUAUAGGCCAUGUGCUGCCACAACGUGUAUCAAGCCCGAACUUCUCUGUUUCCAUUUUAGCUAUCCUUACAGAUUCUCUGAGUAGAGUUUUUAACUUGUGGUGACCCAGAGGCACCUCACAAUAACUGGUUGGAAAUGGUGCUAAAUUCCCUUUGUUACCUCCUGCACUGCGGGUAGAGAGUCUUUGAUCCCAUCUGUCGGGACUGUAUUAAACCCAGGUCCCAGAGGUGACAGACAGUGUGCGCACUACUGACUCACACUCCUCCCUUUUUCUUCCUUUGUCUAUAAGUGCAGAAGUUGUGCUGAUUAUUAGCAGUCAUCCUUCAUUUGUCAAUGAAUGAAAAAUAUCCUGAUAAACCCAGAAAUAGUUUCCCAAUAAAUGUCCUGUUUAGAUUAAUAUUUUCUACAGGCUCAUUACAUUUAAAAAGCUAAUUUUGUGUGUUUUUCCUAUUUGUUUAUUUGUGUUGCCACCAAAUUUGAAUGAGACUGGUUCAAUUCACAGAUUUCAACCCUGGGCAGUGGUGUGUAGAAUAAUCUCAGUCAGAUUAUAGUUUGGGUGUCAUGAAAGGCCUCACAAUGAUCCCUAAACUGGUUUGGCGAAAGUGGAUUAGAGUUUCUGCCCCUAAUUACUCAGUCAAUGAACUUUGCUGGAAGUAUGUAGGGAGAUCGAGUGUUUAUGGGAUCGGGGUUGAAUAUGAUUUUCCUCCAGUCACAGGUAAGUACCCUAUCAAUACAUAUCCUGAUCAUUAUGCAGUGAUCCUCCUAGAAAUUGCUUAUGUGGACAGGAUCGAAGUUGACUAUCCUGGUCCCACCACCUGUUUGAGAGUUCUGUUGCCAUUCAUUGUCCAGGUUCACACACUGAGAAGACAAGGGACUAGGGGCCACCCUGCACCUGUGAAAAUAUGUCCAGCAAGACUGGUGUCUUUGAGAGAUGGAAUGAACAUUUGGCAAAAAGGCAAGCCAUGAUCUUUUAUAAGGGCUGCACAGCACAAAGAAAUGGGAGGGUUUUAUGUCUGCAAUUCUAUAUGAUAAUAGUGGAUGGAAAGUCAGGAGUACAGUAGGGCUUAUUGUUGAACCUGCAUUGUGAUUAGCAGGAAUUGAUACUGCACAGAUAUAAAAGAUUUGUACGAGAGUGUUUAGAUUAUUUAGUUUCUCAGAAAUAGUUGUGUGUGGAUGAGAAUAAUGUGGGGAGUGCAUUUAAUCAGGAAGCAUCUUUUCUGUAAAAAAAAAAAUUGAAUUUCUAUCCUAACCUUGAGAAACAACAGUGUUACUGUACAGAUGAGCUCCUGAUGGGAGUUCGAUGUUACCAAAGAAAGGGUUGACCUGAGCUGGGAAUUAGUCUUGGUGAAGUUUAUUUGACCUGUGUUCAAACUGUAGGAUGCCAACUUUCACAACUCUCAGCAUUGGCGAAUAAGAUUGGAAUAAGAUUCCUCUUUGCUAAGAAUGAAUGGGGACAACAUUUGAGAGGUGUUCAGGCAGUAUCUUUUUAGUGUAUUCUUUCAAAUUAAUGAUUUCUCCGCUCCCCUUUCAACCGUUGCCCCCGUUAGCGACUGGUAAUUUGUCACUGGGCAGGUGUCAUGUCUGUUACAAGACACUGAAGAGCAGGCAGGAGCUACUUAGAAAGUUAAAAACUGGUCACCUGCAGCUAUAAAAGAAGCCAGGAAGAAAUAGACAUAAUUUCCUGAAGUUACUGUAAUCUUUGACCAGUUAGGUGAAUUGCUGAGUUUGCUGCUCCUAGGGUUGUUGCAUUAGGGAAGUAAAGUGUUGGGUGCUGAAGAGAUUUGGAGAGAUGUCUUUCCCAGGAUCAUUGUCCCUUAUGAUACAUGCUAAGGGUUUUAUAGCAUUGUGGGGUUUUCUUUUGAACAAAUAUUUUUAAUCCAAUUUGUACUAAAGCCUCUGCAAAGUGAUGCAAUUUUCACAAUAUGAGAGACUCGUGGAGUGCACAUUUGUCACUAUCCCUCAAGAAGGAAUAAAGGCCAGGAUUGCAGGCAGGAACAGUGUUCCUCAAUCUCCCAAAAAAUUAACAUUUUAAAAGCCACAAUAUUUUCUAUAGGUAUUAAAGGAUUUGGAGAUAGGAAGGGAAUUGAGGUUAAAUUAAAGAUGCCGUGGCUGUGGAUGCAGCAAGGUGGCAGGUUUGGACUCUCUCAUCUAAUUCUAUAUCUCCUGCUUCAGAUGAACAUAUUUUUACAUCAAUGGUUCAGUUCUCUGCCGCAUUGAGACCUGCUGUUUUGGGUUUCUGGAUUGCUCUGGCAAUAUAAGCUACAAGAAUGUCAGCAUUCCCCAGACACUCUCCAUUGAUAGGAGCUGGUCUUCAGAACAGUCAGGAGGCUGGUGGGGUGGUUGAGGGAGUUGGGAAGGGGAUCAUGGGGUGUGCUGGCUCCCUCCAGGUCAACCUGCUGGUCUGUCCAAAACAUAGACUUUUAUUGAAAUCGGUGAGACAGUUCUGAGGCGCAAGCAAAGUGCUCCCAAUCACCAUGUCUGCAGAGCAGCUUGCAAGACCCGUAAUUGUAUAAUGCUGGAAAUAGACUGUUUCAACCAAGACAUUUUCUAAUAGCUUUGGGACAUUUUUUAAAAAAAUUUGGAUGGGGCAUACUUUGCGCAAGAAGAACUCUUUCCCCUCCCUACAACCAAAAACAUUUCCAUCCAUUUUGAAAUUAACUUUGAGGCACAGGCUCCAAACUGGAAGUGGAAUAAUGGGUGGGUCACCUGCCUCCCAAUCAGAUUUUAUCACAGCCCUGAAUUAAUAACUUUUGUAUUAUUGCAGCCAGCCUGGAGUUCAUCUGCUUGGUAAAAAGGGAAAAGCUAGUAUAGCCAGUGUAAGACACCCACAGCCAGUUUGCUAGUUGAAAGCAGUGGCAGUCGUCAUAAAGCCCACCUGAUUGAAUCACCUGCAGUCUACAGGCAGGAGUAUUGCAGAGGGAUUUGGAAUAUUAAACAGCAAGCAGGAUUUGAAGUGACUGGGAAUAAAAACAAUAAAAAUAAUAAAAACUGAGAAUUCUAGACCUCUGCAGCAGGUUAGGCAGCAUGUGUGAAGAAAAACAGCUAGUACUUUAGGUUGAAGCUCUUGUAAAUAGUAUUUUCUAUUUUUACUCCAAAUUUCCAGCAUCCACAAUAUUUUGGUUUUUUAAAUAAAAAAAGUGGUUAGUUUAAUACCAGAGCCUCUGCACCAUUUUGCUGUGCUGACUGUGCUUUGGAUUGAACUAAAAUAUGGUGGUCAAAGUUUGGGGGUGGUGGGAAGAAUGUUUCAUAUAUGUUUGUUCCUGGCCUGUAUCUAGCUAGCUGGCCCCACAGAGGGCGGCAAUAGGGUGGCAGCACUCUCCUAGGUUGGGAGCUGAAUUGGAUUGCAGUUCCUGCUUGCAAUCCAGUGACCCCUGCUAGAAAGCACGUGCAUACAGACAUUGAGUGAGAACAGAGUUGGCAGCACUUGCUGGACACUGAUUUAAUCAUACAGACAAAGAUGGAAUCGGACUCUGAGAAUACUUCAAACUGCUGAAAUUCCUACAGCUCCAGAACUUUACAUCACUGAUGUGCCAUAGCUGCUUGAGCAACUUAUAAUGUAACCAUCAUUAAAACUUGCAACUCAAUUAGUAGGUCAAUCUGAAAUUUAAGUGUGAUUAAGUUUUCAGUUGCUGGGUUAGGUUUGUUACAAGAAACUUAGAGCACAAAAAUAGGCCAUUCAACCCAGCUGGUCUAUGCCAGUGCUCCACACAAGCAAUCUACCAAACUUAUUCAUCCUAUCCCCUCAGUGCAGCCUAUUCCUUUCUCCACAUUAACUUAAUUAGCUUACCCCUUAAUGUAUCUAUGCUAUUUGCCUCAGCUACUCCCUGUGGUAGCAAGUUCCACAUUUUAACCACUCUCUGGAUAAAGAGGUUUCUCUGAAUUCCUUACUGGAUUUAUUAGUGGCUAUCUUAUACUUAUGGCCUCUAAUUUUGGACUCCCACACAAGUGGAAACAUCUCUCUACAGCUACCCUGUUGAGCCCCUUUGUUAUUUUCAAGACCUCCAGCAGGUCACUCCUUAAGUCUUUUCUAGCGAGAAAAGUGCCCAUCCUUUCCUGAUAGUUACAGCCUCUCAGUUCAGUUAUUGUCCUUGAAAAUCUUGCACUUUCUGCAAUGCCUCUAUAUCCUCUGUGUAAUGUGGAGACCAGAACUAUGUCGUGUAUUCUAGGUGUGGUCUGUUUACGGUUGUAUUCAGAUUUAACUUCACCUCUCUGCUUUUCAAUUCUGUUGUUCCUCUAGAAAUUCUUCUGAUUGGAGCUUGUAUUUCUAAUCUCUGGAAAUGUAUCUGGAGUUGUGUAGAGUUUAGUCCAACACUGCUGGAGAAACUCAGCUUGGUUCCAUGCAGUCCAAAUGCGGAACUGAAGCCUGGACCUUUGAUUCUGUUUGAUCAGGACACUAUCUGUCAGACAAUGCUGCUGAGGAAGAAGCAGUGGUGUGUACAGCAGAUGUUGCCAUGGUUCAGUGGGUAGCGCUCUCCCCUCUAAGUGAGAAGGGAGUCCCACUCCAGUGACUUGAACUCAAAAACCUGGGCCGCCACCGCAGUGCUCAGGGAGUUGUUCUGCACAUUGUUCUGUCUUUCGAAUGAGAUGUUGAGGCUGUCUGCUCUCUCAGGCAGAUGUAAAGCUCCCAUAUUUUGGCUAAUAUUUAUCCCUCAAUCAACAUUACUCAGAUUGGCCAUUAUCACAUUGCUGUUUGUGAACCUUGCUGCGUGCAAAUUCGCUGCUGCAUUUCCGACAUUAUAACGGUGACUACAGUUCAAAAGUACUUAAUUGGCCAUGAAGCAUUUUGGAACAUCCUGACGUCAUGGAAAACAUUAUGUAUAAAUGCAGGUUUUUCUUAGUAAUCAACUGAUAUUGUAGGAUUGAAUAUUCUCCAAGAAACUAGCAGUGGCCCAAAAGAUCCAGGGGUGAUGCAGCAGUUAAACUGACUGAAAAGAGCCCCUCAUAUUUCAACUCUUUCUUGGACUCGAACUCAAGUUCUGUCGAAGGGUCAUGAGGACUCGAAACGUCAACUCUUUUCUUCUCCGCCGAUGCUGCCAGACCUGCUGAGUUUUUCCAGGUAAUUCUGUUUCUGUUUUUGUUUUGAAAAGAGCCCCUGAUGGUUUUGUCGGUAAGGACACGACCUGGCCCUGCAUUGAGUUACACUGAUUAGGCAGGUUCCAUGAUUAAUCCCUGAUCAGUAUUGAUCUGAGGAAGAGCAACAAUCAAGGUCCGUUUGUGAUUGCUAACCAUUCAUUGACUGCUACUAGAAACUGUGCACAUAAACAUAGAUAAGGACAGGAUAAGGCUUGGCAGCAAUAUUUACCUUCCCCGUGGUUGAAUAGCUCUCACUUAUUAUCGAGAAUUAAACAUGAAGAAUGAUGACUUGAGCAAGGCCCAGGAGGGCAGUGGAUGCCCUGAAAGGUUGGGGAGGAGGGUGGUGGUGAGGAAUAACUAAAUACAAAUAAUUAUUGUUUUCUUCCUGAUUUCACAUUAAAAUCUUUGAAGAAGGAUCAGAUAAUGGACAACUGUUCAUGUUAAUGGGCCAGUAUGUUGUAGGCUGCAGCUGGAUUCUGUGAUGAAGCCUAAAGCGAUUUGAGUGACCCUCACUUGUUCUGCAAUACCAUCUAGUGGCUGCCUGAAUACUAGCAACCAACUGGCAAGAGGGCAUAAAGAACAGGUCAAAUCACAGGUGCAACCUCUGUAAAGUUAUGGUGAGAUUCCAGGUGUCUACUCUUUGGCACAUUUGGAGUUGAUGUUUGCAGUUUCUCUCAUUAAUAGUGGGGUAGAGGCAGAAAUGCUCCAGAAAGUGGGUAUGGAGAAAUUAUUUUCUAUAUUUAUACCAGAUGUGGGCUUGACCUCUGCAGAAUUUGUGCAGUUGGACUGUAGAGCAAAUUUGCAACUAAAGUACAAAAGAGGAGACUUGUACUUUCACAGGACUUUUAUGUGACAGUCCCUGCUCUGUUUAUUGUUAUUCUAUGUAAAAUUGUGACUACAUUCUUUGGAAACGGCAAAGUGACUUUGUUGAAUCAUAGAAUAAAACAGCACAGAAGGAGCACGUUCAGCCCAUUAUCUCUGUGCCAGCUCUUUGGUACAUCCAAUUAAUCCUACUUCUCUGCCCUUUCCCCAUAGCUAGGUAAACCUUUUCAAUUCAGUAGUCAUCUCUUGAAUGUUACUGUAGAAUCUUUUUUAAAAAAAGUUUCCUCAUGUCACUUCUGGUUCUUUUGGCAAUCACUUUAACCCUGUGCCCUCUAGUCACUAACCCUCCUGCCACUCUUACUCCUUAUUCAUUUUAUCAAAACUGUUCAUGAUUUUGAACAACUCUAUCAAAUCUCUUAACCCCCUUGUUCUAAGAACAACUGCAGCUCCUUCGGUCUUUCUGCAUAAUUGAAGUCUCUUAGUCAUAGUACCAUCCUCUCCAAGGCCUUGACUACUGUUAAGUGUAGAGUUGAACACCAUUUGGAGAACUGUUCAAGAGCUGCAUCUAUCUGGGAAAAACAAGAGUGAAUGCAAGCCAAAGCUCAGGCUGGGAUACUCUUCACCACUGGUGUUUUUUGACCAUGCAGUGCAUCACAGCUGAACUUGGUCCUGUCACCACCCAACAUCCAUUCCUGUGAACUUCCUGUGACGAGUAAUCAGGAGUGAUUCUGAAGCCAAUUCUAAUGCUCAGCUGACAUGCCCUAAUAUAACAGACAUGGAAUCUUUAUGACUACUGACAUUUACGAUGAUGCAUUUACUCACUAGACUGCCAGGGUAGCUUGGCAUUUUAAUUAUCCUAUUAGAUUACAGUUCUUUUGCAGUGCUUUGAGGCAUCUAGCUGAACCAUUUGAGAAUAAUCCUCCCUGGUGUUCUUGGUCAUUUCAUUGAUGACAUCGAAGUGUUCCAAUGGUUGAUAGCUUACAGCAUCAAAGCUGCCAUUGGUUCUUAAGAAAAUAGUAAACCCCUGAGAACAUUUGAUACAGUCAGUGUUAUUAGAUUCCCCUCUCCCAAUGCCUAUCAUUGUCUUCUGUGUACCUUUUCCAGCUCCUGCACACUUGUUCAUGGUCACUUUUACUGAUACCAACUCUUUGUUUCCAGAUUUUCUAAACUGAAUUUAAAUUCUCAAAUUUGCAAUAUUUAUUUUGAAUACUCAUCCUCCAGAUCACCAGUUCAAUAGCAUUACCACUGGACCACUAUUCGAUCCGUACACAACUGUGGAUAUACAGUAUUGUUUCUUAAAGCAAACCUAAAAAUGAACUCUCUGGGAUUGAAUGGAUUAUGUAUAUGUAAUAUCUUGGCAUCUUUGGUGAAAAUGAGCACUGGGGUAGGCAAAACUGCUGUAAGCAUGCACAUUCUUGUUCGUUCAUGCUUGAUGAAAAUUUUUAACUACAAAUAUAAACUAACCUAGGAAUGCUGUGACUAGGAUUUGUCUGCUGUGUAAAGAUUGUUUGAAAGUGUUGUGCUAUAUCAACUUGAACUGUGAUGUAAUAAAUUCAGUUCCAGAUAUUGUCCUUCCAAAGUCAAACUUGUGUUUGGAGAGUACAUCGUGAACUGUAUUGAUACUGGAGUUAUGUACUCCCAGGUACAAGCCAGUCACCAAUGCUGGAACAGUUUGAUGGGAUGAUUGUCAGAGUAUUGCAACAUAGUGGGCUUAGUGCACUUCUUUUUAUUCCCAGGUGAACUUGAUGACACUAUUCCUUUUAAAGUUUUCCAAGAUUAUGGAUCUUUUCCAUCAAGAGUGCAACAAAUUGGUAAUGUGUGAUAUGCAUGCUUUGCCAUUUCAGUGAUAAUGUCGCACUAAAACAAAGUUAUGGAAGCGCUGACUUUGCUAGCCAAUUACUUGCUCUUCUGAUUGGAUAAAAUCCCAGUAAAGCUUGAUUUUAAUGUUCUGUUUCUGAAACGGCCAAAACUUAUAUUGCAGCAUGCUGCGUGGAGGAUUAGGGAACAAUUGAGUGCUGAUGGGCCAUAGACACUGGAAUGCUUCCUUACUGAUUAUGUGCAGACAAAUAAUAAUAUAAUUGAAUAUUUAACAGAAAUUCCCUUGUUAGAAUUUCCUGGUGCUUUAAUUUGCCAGGUUCAAGCUAUUACUGGUGAAGAUUACUUCAUCAAGUUGAAUGGGUUCUUCUGGGUGAUCUCGUCACUCCAAUCUGCCUUUUUAAUAGACUUGUUCUUUAAUGGUAAAUAUUAUCAAGUAUUACAGAAAUGUAUAGAACAGCAUUUUCUGAAAAAACGAAGACAGAUUUGUAUGUUAGCCUUGUGAAUGGACCAUUCUCUUGCAUCCAUUCCAGCUGCAGUCAUUUCCAUCUCUCCUUGCUUAGUCUACCUCCCAUUUCUCCUCUCCCUCAUUAACUCUCUCCUCUCUAAUGUUUAGCUUCUGUGAAUUCACUGGUUGGUACUACAUUAUCAAUCUGAUUCAGGUGGCAACUUAUUACGGAGAAAAUAAAAACAGAGUUCAUCCAAGAACUUAUGGAGAGCUUGGACCAGGCAGGUUUUGCAGUUAAAGUGGCAUGAUGUGAGAGUGUGUGCUCCAGUCAUAGCUUGAAAUGUAAGCUCUGCUCUGUUGGCUCCUGUCAGCAUCCAUCCUGCUGUGCAAGGCAUGGAAAGUUCGGCUACAUUGGAACAGCUCCACAGGCGCAAAACUUAUGCAGUUUCCCUAUCUGGCCAGCCGACUUCUGUCUGUCGAGGAAUCUGUGCAGGCAAGCGAUGUCAUGGUGUUCUGCUGAUUCAGUAUGGAUGGCUGCAUUCUGAUGGAAUCUACCUGUGAGACCCAUUGGCAGCAGGCAAUGGCAAACCUUCCCUCAUUCCCCCAAACUCCUUGCCAAGAGGGGUUUUGGUACAUGCCCUCUGUAGCACUGCUAGCAAAUCGCUGAUGAAAUUGCUUUUGAUGACCACUGUAUCAUUGGAGACAGGUCUGUACUGUUGUGAGCAAGGUACAGAUCUCACCUGCUGCAGUAUCAGAGUAUUCACUCCCCACAAUCAAAGCAAUAAGAUGUAUGUUCAGUGCAGUUGUCACUUUUCUCCCCUUUUGACUAACCUGCUCUUCUCCCAUUUCCACCCCUACCCCACCUCAUCCUUUCCUUCUCUAAGGUUGGCGCUUGACAGCAUGUCAUCUCUUCCUGUGCAACUUAUGGGAUUGGUCUGUGCGUCACUGCUGUUAACACCAUGCGUUUUGCCAGCAGAUAGGAGCAGCGGUUUAGGGGCUGAGUCAGGAGUAUGCUUUCUAUAUCCAUCCCUUUAGGAGCUCCAAGAAUGAGCAGCCUUGGCUGAGAGCAAGCUAAGCGGGUAUUCACUUGGCAGUCACUUCAGCUGUAGCGUAUACACGUCGGGAAUUAAAACAGAAUUUCAAAGCUGGUACAAAAGAGUGUGCCUGUAGCACCAGCACAUUAAGUAACCUCAUAAGUGGUGGAUAAUGGUUCCCGAAAAUGUUUUGCUCCUGAUUUGUUAGGCAGGAGGAAUUGUACAUUAGCUUAAGUCGUUUUAUUCUUAACAUGUACAAUAAUGGGUAGGUGGAUGGAAAAUCAGAGAUUUGAAUGCUAAAUAUUUGAGCCAUUUUGAAUGCUGUAUCUGAACCCUUCAUUCUGUUAAUACCUAUAUCUGCUUGCUACCUGUGUUCUAUUUGUAAUGUGUACAGGUUUAGUACACCUUGAUAAAUUUCUCGAGUGCGUGUUACAAGCCUCCGUGAUGCAAACAUGUUAAAUUGAUCAUGUAACUGUUCAGAAAUUUAUUAAUUUUUUUUUCUUUCAGUCGGUUGUUCAGUACUAUGUACAGGCCCUAAUUUGAUUGCAAAGCUACUUGAAAGAAGAGCCUUUGUUCUGGUCUGUGAUGGCUUGUAAACUGUAGAAAGCUAAAGUAGAUGAUGUAAUGUAAUCUGUUCAAUAUUUUUUAUACUGUGGAUGUCGGGGAGAAGGAGAGUAAUGCUUUAUGAAGUCAGAUUAGCAUAUUCAUGACCUCCUAAAGAACUACCUUUAGUUUGUGUUUCCAUGUAAUUAAAAACAACUUUUUAAAUACAGUAUGUUUAAUAGUAGUCUGUGUGUCUUGAUUAUUUUAACUGUGUUUUAAACCAUUAGAGCAGUGGAAUAUUGAGUUUAUCUCACAGGAGAGACCAAUCCUAUUAAUCCCUAUUUGUGGCUUCCAGCCAUGGAUUGAAGAGUUCCAACGCUCAGAUAAGAUAUGUAUUCCACUAUUCCCAUUUAUAUGGGUUGUAUUUUAAUUAACUUGAAAAGUAAUAACUACUGUAUCACCUUCAGUUUGUUAGGUUGACUAUUGGUAAAUUAGUGUUUCAGAUUCACUGGCAUCUGCUGCUGUUCUGAACUGAAUUUUAUGCCAGCGCAGCAUUGUCACUAGAAUUUCAAUAAAUUGUUAAGGUAGGCAUUUGGAAGUUGUUCAUUUGAACUGAAGACACCCCACACAACAAUUAUAGAUGUUGUCCUUCCUGUCUUGGGCUACAUCUAGAGAGAGAGUAUUUCAAGCUGUAGAAUACUCUAUGGUAGCCUCUUGGUCCCAGAUAAAUCACAGCUACAGCUUGCAGCCAAUUCACGUACUUCAGAGCAGCAAGUUCUUAAAUUUUGGCCAAUCUAAUGCAGUCAGCUGGGUGGAGCAUUACUCUUUGUGGGGCUGGAGAAGGCGUAGUAAUUACCAUAGACAGUAUUGGGAAUGGAUGUAGUCUGGUGGUGAUGUGCCCUUUUUUAUACCAGAUACCUUACAUGUCUGCUCCAGAUAAAUCAGUGCUAUAACUUGAAGCUGAUUCACAACAACCUGGCAGAGUCAACUGGUUUGGGGAAUAACCUGCACAAACACUCUCAAUGGGCCCCAAGGAGGAUCUUUAAAAAAAGCCACUUUUUCUAUUUCUCCUAUCUCUUUCCAUCCUAGACAUGCAAUAUUCUCUCCAGCAAAGUAACUGAGAUCUGGCUAAGCUGUCUCUGAAAAUAGGAUAGAUGUAGUGACAGAUCAGAAAUUUCAAACACCAUUUCCAUUGCAGGAGACUGAAUGCAUCUGAACUCGAAUCUCCAGUCCAUCCUUGUGCCAAGUAGGCUGUGUUUUUCAGCACGAUAAACCAGGCUUUACUGUAAGAAUGCAGUGUUUUCAACGUUCUGCACAGUAUGCAGCUCCUCCUUCCCCUCUCUGUAGAAACUCCAUUUGCAGCCAUGUAGAUGAUACCAAAUGCAAGGGACCAGUAAGGGUACUUCACAAUAAGUCAAUCAAUCAUUUGAAAAAGAAAUUGUCCAUUCUCAUUUAUUGUGCUUUGUAGAUGGGAUAUAGUGCAUUGCUGAAAGUCUGAGAGAAUUGUUGGACAAACCUUUUACUCUAGCAAAGCUCUCCUGAAACUCUCAGUUGAGAUUCAAUGUGACCAGCAAUCGUAAUGUGAGGUAGUGCAUUUGAAAAUUUAAGGAAGAGGGAACGAGUUCAAAUAGUGAAUGCAAUGGUUAACAUGCCAAUGAAUCAGCAAUGCAGUCCUAAUAAAUGCUUGAAUGGCAUUGAUACUGAGUAGCUGUAUCUCAUCAACAAUUUUAUGUUGGCAUUCUGGUCAGGAAUAUGUCUAUUCAGUGUACAGUUGACUGCUGUUUUGAUGCAAUGAUACUAUUUGCCUAUAGACUUAACCAUAACAAAUAGGGAGAGAGAACCAAUGUAUUACAAUGAUGUCAUCAUAAUGAUGGUAUGUUUCCCUAACUACCCACUUCCACCAUUAUCUGCCUGCCCUGAUAAAUCAAUGGAUGUCCAAGGUUUUUACCUUUGUGAGUCACUUGCAUGAGUAAUGUGGAGCCUGAGGGGCCACCUGUUAACCUACAUAUAACCCAUCCUGACAGGUCAUGGCAUUCUGGUUCAUCCACCAUGGGGCGACAGGACUAAAGAACAGCUCCUUUCACAUCUACAGAGCCACAAUAUUCAAACGCACAAAACUGCAAGUAUGAGAAAUGCAGAAAAGAAAUAGGAGUGAAUUGUCUGAGCCUCAUGGGGCUGGACAGGGACAGGGUCUUUGGGCUGCAUGUGGUCUGGACACCCCAGUGAUAAAUGAUCAAACAGAUGGUGUUAGGUGACUUGUUUGAUGGAAUUUCCUUUCUCUUCCCCCACCCCUCCCCCCAACAAUCUUUGGCUUUGGCUGGUAAUAUAAAGGAGAAUACUGAAAUAAAGCUAGCUGUGAGAAUGUUUUAGCCAUAUUUAUGUAUAUAAGACAAUUAAAAUAAAAUUUGACCACACUGUAGUUCUACGUAAGAAAAAUGCACCUGCUUUGUCUUAUUUUGUUCAAUUCGGAUAUUAAUUGUGAAGUAUGUGCAGACUAUACAUGUGUGCUGCAGACCUGUUACUAUGUGCCUUCAACGGGAUAUUUAUAUAUAUAUAUAUAUAAAAAUAUAUAUAUAUAUAUAUAAUGUCUAUAUAUAUAUAUAUACAUACACACUGUAUAAUACUGUUAAUUGGAGUACAGUUUAUAUGCAAGAAUUCUGUUCUUAGUCUGAGAUAUUUGUAUCAUUUAUCCAAGUCAUUCUGAAUCAGAUUUUAAAACUGUAGCAAUGUUAUCCUGAUUGUCUGUUACUAAACUAGAAAUGUUUUUAUUUCCAUUUGGUGAGGUGACUGAGCACAUGCCUCUCCCGCAGGUAUGUAUUGCUUUUUGUACUAGCUUGCAAGUUAUAUUCUCUGUAUCAUGUACUUACAGGGAUGGAUGUAAUCAUAUGACUUAUUAAUAAAUGUCUAGAGUUAA